GGCUUCAGGAUGUUGCCGGGAGCAACUUGAAGCGCCACCUUCAACCUCUUCCCGUCACGACCGUUUUCUUUCACCAGCCAGAGCGCGGCGCGCCUGUAUCACGACCACGACCAGUUCUGUUCCAUUUGUUUGAUGUCUGCCCCGCCAAAAUCUGUCCCGCUCGUGGCGCCAGGCCACACGCGUCCCGUUACACACCUUUCGUUUUCACCCAUUCUUGAUGACGGCACGUACUUGUUGAUUUCAAGCUGCAAAGAUGGAAACCCGAUGCUGAGGGAGUGGACUGGUGACUGGAUUGGCACGUUCCUGGGACAUAAGGGCGCUGUGUGGAGUACAAAGCUCUCGCUGGAUGGUUCGAGGGCGGCGUCAGCAAGUGCCGAUUUCACUGCCAAAUUCUGGGAUACUUUUACUGGCGAAGCGCUCCACUCAUUUCCCCAUAAUCAUAUCGUCCGGACAGUCGCGAUAUCGCCGGGUUCAACACAUCUACUGACUGGCGGUCAAGAAAAGAAAGUUCGCAUAUUCGACCUUGGCCGACCAGACGCGGAACCAGAUUUGUUGAUUAACUCGGGAGGUUCAACGUGUCAUGAUGGAACGGUUAAAAGUGUUGUCUGGGUUCGCGAACAUACAGGUGUGACUGCUGGUGAGGACGGGAAGAUCAAAUGGUGGGACCUUCGCUCACGACAACUAACUACGGUAUCGGAGUUCGGGCAACCCAUCACGUCCAUGGAGUACUCCCCGAACACGAAUCGGCUUGUCGUGACGUCGGGGAAAAUGGUCCAAUUCAUACCGGCCAUCCCUGACGGGACUGGUCCGCACAUUAUUCACUUGCCCUAUGCUCCCUCGUCCGCGUCUAUCCAUCCGCUCCUUAAGGAUCGAUUCGUGACAGGGAGUACAACUGAUGAGUGGGUCCGUGUUUACGGUAUUGAGGGUGAAGAACGGGAGGUCCUCAAGGGCCAUCAUGGUCCUGUCCACUGCGUCGAGUUCAGUCCCGAUGGUGAAAUGUUCGCUAGCGGAAGCGAGGACGGAACAAUUCGUAUGUGGCAAACGACACCGGGCAAGACGUACGGCCUCUGGCUAGGGCAGACUAAUGGCACCUAAUUGUAUUAAUCGGUUAUAUUGUGCGCGCUAUCUGGCAGUCGCUAGACGGCAUUCGUUGAUCGAGUAUGCAUACCUGGAAUAAUAUUGUACGGCUUCUCGCAAUACAGCGUUCUCUCCCCUGGCCUUUCCGUCCUCGAGACAUGGGGCGUAAACAGGUG